AUGAGCGCCAUUGCACCUUGCAAGAUCUUCUUCACCAGAAAUGUGCCGUAUGCGCUAGAGCAACUUCGCCAGCGACUUGCCGAAGCCGGUGUCAAUUCAGUCUUAGUAGAAACCUUUCCGUCAGAAGUGAGCCCUAUUUCACGUGAAGAUCUAUUAAAAAAGGUGAAAGGAUGCACGGGUCUGUUCUGCCUGCUGACUGACAAAGUGGAUGACAAAGUUUUGGAUGCUGCUGGUCCUUCGCUCCGUGUAGUUUCCACGAUGUCUGUGGGCUACGAUCACAUUGAUGUGGAGGCCUGCAAAGCUAGGAAUGUGAGGGUGGGCUACACUCCAGAAGUUCUAAGCAACACUACCGCAGAGACAGCCGUUGCGCUAACGUUUGCAGCCAAGCGGCGGCUUUUUCAGUGUGCGACAAGCGCCAAGAACGGCGAGUGGGGUCCCUGGCAACCAUUUCAAUAUUGUGGUUUCGAUAUCACUGGUAGUACAGUCGGCAUUAUUGGGCUUGGACGAAUUGGUACAUCAUACGCACGUAUGCUCAUGAAUGGGUUCAAUUGCAGCAUUCUUUACACGGGACCACGUCCAAAACCUGACGUUGCGAGGUCUCUUGGAGGUGAAGAGGGUUCCGUGAAAUUCGUUGAUAUGGAGACGCUGCUGCGCAGAAGUGACAUUGUAAGUCUGCAUCAACCACUGACGGAAGCUACUCGUUGCAGUUUUAGCAAAAACGAGCUGAAACUAAUGAAAUCAACUGCAGUACUGAUUAAUACGGGCAGGGGGGGACUAGUGGAUCAAGAAGCACUUGUGGAGGCGCUUCAGCAAAAGACGAUCGCGGCUGCUGGUCUAGACGUCACUACCCCAGAACCACUCUCUCCAACCCAUCCUCUGUUAUCGCUCGAUAACUGCAUUGUGAUGCCCCAUAUCGGCUCAGCCACGUUCAAGACUCGCCAAGCCAUGGCGGAUAUCGCUGUUGCUAAUCUUGUUGCUGGUGUUCUAGACAACAAAUUACCGAAUGAGAUUAAAUAG